AUGCGAAUCUACAAGAAAGGUGGUAUUGCAGGCGUCCAGGGGAUGGGCCCUGCUCAGAAAGGAUGCCCACAGGUGCUCCCUGGCAAAACUGGGCGAGUCUACGGGGUCACCCGGGAUGCAGUGGGCAUUGCUGUAAACAAACAGGUUAAGGGCAAGUUUCUUGCUAAGAGAAUUACUGUACAGAUUGAGCACGUUAAGCUUGACUCUAAGAGUCAAGAUAGCUUCCUGAAACGUGUGAAGGGGAAUGAUCAGAAAAAGAAGGAAGCCAAAGAGAAAGGUGCCUGGGUUCAGCUGAAGCGUCAGCCUGCUCCGCCCAGAGAAGCGCACCGCGUGAGAACCACUGGGAAGGAGCCUGAGCGGUUGGAACCCGUUCCCUAGGAGUUCAGGGCAUAAGUGGGAGAAAAAUAAAAGAAUUUCUGUACUGAUUUUAAAAAGUAAUGUUCUUUGUCAGACCUCUGUGGAUUCAGGGUCUUUCAUAAUCUGUUUUCCACUUACAAAUCAACCACGUCUCUAACUGUUCUCCAAGCGGUUCUUGUGCUGCAGUUAAUGCUAUCUUCCCUGUCACUCUCAUGCACCUUUCUGUAUAUUUAUGCCUUUUCAUCAAAUUGUUCUGCCUAGAAUGUCUUCACAUAAUUCUUAUCUAUUACCUCCUCAGUUGUUGCUUAGUUUGUGUGUAUAACCUUUCCCUAUUAUUUUCAUGUAUAAGAGUUAUGUGAGAAAUGCUGUGUGAUAAAAUUGUUUAAGUUUUAAUAUAUUAUAGCUAGUUAUUUUCUGAUGAAAUUAGGAUUUGUUUCAAAAUAAUCUGGCCUAUGUCCUGGCAGGUGUG